AUGUCGGACCCGGUCCAGCCGGAAACCCUCCAGGACCGCCUGGACCGCCUACAGGAGCUGACAGAGUUUACCGAAACGUGCAGAAAGCAGUUAAAAGACAUAUUUGAAGCGCUGGGAUGGUCGCAGGAGCACGACGACGAGUCCACCCAGGAACCAAUGGAGCAGUGUCCUUAUGACCCGAACCACAUGGUCCCAGUCAGAACCAUGGAAAAACACAAAGCCUCCUGCAGUCUGCGGAAAAUGGGUUACCCUGCGGAGGAGCAGGAAGAGAUGUACGAUCCCUCCGUGUGUUAUGAGAACAGCCACAUCAAAAGUUUUUUAAUGGACAAAUCAACCCAGCACCAGGUCAUACUGCAGGCCCGGUCUGCAGCUCCGCUCAUGAAGAUGGAAGGAGUCUUCUGGCAAGGUCAGUACUCCGGUCAGCCCGUCGAUGUGCCUCAGAACCACAAGCGAGCGGUGUGCGACCUCACCGUUGCUGACCGUUUGGCUCUGUACGACCACGUGGUCGGCGUUCUCAGCCAGCGGAAUGAGGUGCCGUCAUCCAGCGAGGAUCUCUACGUAGAUUUGGUUUCAAAACUUCAGAAAGAUGAGGGCCAAAAUGAGCCAAAGAGUCACCUGGAGCUGAUGGCAGAGAUGAGGGACUACAAGAGGCGACGUCAGUCCUACAGAGCCAAGAACGUCCACAUCACCAAGAAAUCUUACACUGAGGUGAUCAGAGAGGUGAUCAGUGUCCAUUCAGAGGAGCUUUCCAGGCAGUGGAAAGAGGAAGAGGAGGAGGAGGAGCAGCAGCAGUUGGCCAGAUCUGAUCAUUCCCCUCAGAGCCGCCGGCCGGAUAGAAGACGAUCCAAAUCCUCCGAGUCUCAUCACUCGCACAGCAAGCGCCAUCGCAGCCGAGAGCGAAGCCGCGACAGGGAGAGGAAGAAGAAGAAGAAAAGGAAGGAGCGGGAUUCCCGUUCCCCUGACGGCCGCCAUCACGACAGGAAGAAGAAGAAGAAGAAGGACGACAGGGAGCGGGACAAGUGAGAGCGCUGGAGCUUUAGCGUCAGUCAGAAAGUCGUCAGCUUCAUGCAGCUGAAGCUAGCUGCUGUCUUCACAGGCUACCAGCCACCAUUUGUUUCACUGUACUGCUAAUAAAGAUUUGAUUUAACAGC